AUGGGUUCCGCAAAAAUCAAUGAUGAGCUGAAGCAGACGAUACAGAAGCGAAUGCAGACCGGCACACCGCGCUUUCUGUUCCGCGUGUGGCAUGCAGAGUCCGGUGGUACUGUCGGACUGAAUACCAUCAAUCGAAUAACACCGCUUAGAUUUCGCCUGAACCCAACACAUAGCAGGAACUUCUUUGACAACAGCAUCGAAGACCUUGCUCAGACUGCCGAAGACCACAUACAGAGCGGUAAGAUACCCGAGGGCACAAUGUACUCGUCCUGGACCCAGUCCCUCCCGCAGGCUCUCGUCUGGGCCUGCAUCCGUUUGAAGACCAGAUCCAAGCAUCUCCACCUCUGCAUACUCGAUACUCGAGAACUCUCAAGCGCUCAGGUGGUUCUCCAUACGUAUGCUAUGCGUGAGCUGCUUUCGGAGAAAAUCAGCGAGUGGGUGGACUACGAGCUGUUGGCUUACGGUCCGCUCGAAGGUCCAGUUUAUAAGGCAGUGCCACUGAACGACAUCCCCAAGGUCGACUUGGAAAGGUUCUAUGCGGGUUUCUGCCAGAACAUGUUAAAUCCGAAGGUGGGCGAAGGAUUCUUCAAGAAAGGUGACGCAGCAUCGCUGCUGUCGGCGGCCAGCGACAUUGGCAGACUGUUUGGUGAGUACUCACUGCCUAUGCAAGUCCAUCUAUUGUCUUGCAUGUCUCACACCGAUAUCAAUCAUGCAACCAUUGUCGAUGCGCUAUCUGGCCCAACAGUUCCAGAGGAGUGGUUGGAUGACCCCGAUCCAACAGACCUUGAUGUUGCGGGUCACACAGAAGCACAACGAGCAGCCAUCAUCCUGCGUGAUCUUGCGAUACGCGCCCAUCGCCGUGGUCUGGGAGUGUCGACUUCGGGCGGAAGGCAAGAUUUGCAAAAGUCGCAAGAGCUCAAGAGAACACAUAUGCUGGCGGGUGGGGUGACGCCACAUCCCAUGAUACCAAAGCAUGUGUAA